CUCCGAGAGAAGAAGUGAGAACACGCGUCGAGCAACGAAGGUGUGGAGAGAAAAAAGAAGUCAAGAAAAUUAAACUUCAUUCAUGUUCAAACUUUAACAAAGAAAAUCUGAGAGAUGAAGAUGUGGAGUCGCCUCUUCUUCCUCGUUCUAGCUGUUCCAUCGUUUUGUGGAGGACAAGAAGAAUCUGCUAGGUCACCGCAGAACCAGACUGGAGAAGACAUCGGUGUUAACAUGGCGACGGUGUCUUCACAUAAACCUGAAAGCAACGCUAUAAACCAGACGCUGCAAUCUCCUAAAUCCUCCAAGUUUGUGAACACAACAUCUUUACCGGCUGAGAACAACACGGUGUCUAACACGACAGAAGAAGGUGUGGGCAGCGAGACGCCGUCACCAGUGGACGCCACGGCCAGUGUGUCAGGCGGCACGACGGAAAGUGCUGCCACUGACAUAACCAUGGUUUCUACGGCAACGCAAGGCACCUCGUCAAACCCAGUAAUACCUGGAGAGACGAGCAGUUCAUCUUGGGGUUACGUGAUCAUGGUGUUGAUCAUUAUGGUCAUCAUUGCGCUGUGUGUAAUCCUUCUCUGUCUCAGGAGAGCGUCCAGGACGUACUCGUUUGACCUUCACCGCACAGAACCCAUUAUCAGCCAGUUCUCUGAACCCACCGGCACCUUCGGACCUGUCUACGUGGACGAUCUCGACCGACCGAAGGAUCCAGUGAUCACCACUGACCUUUCACUUCAUUCGAUCACCAACGGUACAAGUGCAAAGUCAGACGGAGAAGUGACGAGAGAGAACGCUGCUGCUGAAUCACCACGCGAGCAGUCAGAUUCAAACGGUCCGGAGACGUCACCCGUCAGGAACAGCAGCCCAUCGCCGGGCGCAGACGACCCCGCCGACCGGGCGCCUCCUCUGUCACAGAGCAGCACAAACCUGUUCCUCAACGACGCAGUGGAGCCGCAGCAGAACGAGAACAACAACAACCCAUCGAUUAGCUCCUGUGACCCAUUUGUGGAAAUAAACCUGGAUGAGCCGGCAUGGUGUGAUCAGCUCCUCAGGUCUCCCAAAGCGUCCUCCUCUGUCCUCCCUUUCUCUACUUUCUCCUUCUCGUCCUCCUCCUCUUCUUCUUCUUCCUCUUCUUCUUAACACCUUCAACGAAAACCACAAGAUGACCAUGAAGACAGAGAUUCAGCCUCAGAACCAUCACGUGUCACCAUGUGUUUUAUUCUUAAAAGUGAAAAUAAAAUCAAUGUUUUUUUGUUUCUGCCAAGUCCACAUCUGAAUUACCGGUACUAGUACUGGUCUAUGCUGGUUUAUGCUGGUCUGGUACUGGUCUAUGCUGGUCUAUGCUGGUCUGGUACUGGCCUAUGCUGGUUUGGUAUUGGUCUAUGAUGGUUUGAUACUGGUCUAUGCUGGCCUAUGCUGGUCUAUGCUGGCCCUAUCCGUAUGCUGGUUUGGUGCUAGUCUAACAAUGAUGCUAGUGGACCAGCAUAGACCAGCAUGGACUAUCAUAGACCAGCAUAAUGAUGCUGGUGGACCAGCAUUGACCAGCAUGGACCAUCUAUGCUGUUUUUUCUAGCAAGGACUCAGCUCUCUUUGUGUGGAUCUUGAGAAAUCUGGUUCCAGGGCACAGAAGAGUCAUUAUUUCAUGUCGACUUGAGCGCCCCCUACAUGUUCAUAUUCACACCGUCAUGAGUCAAAAACUUUCAGAAAGCUGUUUUCAAAAGUUCUGAUGUUUUUUGUUU